ACUCCGAUUGUAGUACUCUUUUGGGUGGUGCGUCUUUUUUUCCCAUCAAUUCCACUAUUCCAGCAUGACGAGCACCGGUGCUGGAGAGCUCUUGCAAGCCGAGGCAGAGCUCUGGUGCCAUGCUUUCGGCUACCUCAAAUCCAUGGCGCUGCAGUGCGCGAUCAAGCUUGGGAUCCCCAACGCCAUCCACCGCUGCGGCGGCGCUGCGUCGCUGCCCGAGCUGCACGCCGCCCUCCCCGUCGCCGCAAGCAAACGGCCAUGCCUGUCUCGCAUCAUGACGUUCCUGGCCGCAUCGGGGAUCUUCGGAGUGGAGACGCCGGAAGACGGCGAGGUCACCGGCGUGCGCUACCACCUCACCGCAGCAUCUCGCCUCCUCGUCGAGGACGAGAGCGGCAGUGGUGGCCACGCAUGCCUGUCGCAGCUCGUCCUCCUGAUCAUGACACCGAUCCAUUUCAGGGCAUCCCAAAGCUUGGCUGACUGGCUCAAGGACGAGGACGACGCCGCGGCGGCGGAGACGCCGUUCAUGGCGGCGCACGGAGCGAGUUUCUAUGGUUUCGCAAGCCGCGACGCGGAGUUCGGCGCGUGCUUCAACGAGGCAAUGGGUUCCGACAGCCGCUUCGUGGCGGAGACCAUGGUCCGCGAGUGCGGCCCGGUGUUCGCGGGGUUGACGUCCCUGGUGGACGCCGGAGGCGGCGACGGGACGACGGCGAGGGCCAUCACCAGGGCAUUCCCUCACGUGAGGUGCUCGGUGCUGGAGCUGCCCCAUGUGGUGGACGCCGCGCCGGCUGAUGGCACCGUUGAGUUCAUUGUAGGUGACAUGUUGGAGUUCAUUCCUCCAGCUGAUGCUGUGUUACUCAAGUUUGUGCUACACAACUGGAGUGAUGAAGAUUGUGUCCGAAUCUUGAAACAAACAAAAGAAGCUAUCUCGACUCGAGAACCAAAGGGAAAGGUCAUAAUAAUUGAUGUCGUGUUAGGAUCGUCAUCGUGUAAACAGAUACGGGAAGCUCAGCUUUCGCUGGAUCUAUGCAUGAUGAUGCUAUUUCCAGGUAAACAGAGAGGAGAGCAGGUCUGGCACAAGAUGUUCCUAGAAGCAGGGUUUACUCGAUACAAGAUUAGCCCUGUCUUAGGAUCUCGAUCGCUCAUUGAGGUCUUUCCAUAGCUGGCCGGCAGAUGAACAUAUAUGGCCUAUACCCAAGACCGCAGGCCAUAGAUUAUUACAGAUUGCACCCCUUUUAAAUCAUGUUUUAUGAUCUUAGAUUUGCAUUGUAAAGGGUUUGUAUCAUUAGUUUCAAAGUGUAUUUAUUGGUAAUUUAAGAAAAAGUUCGGUUUACACUCUCAAACUAUCGUACAAGUCUGAUUUCCACCUUCAACUACAAAAUCGGAUAAGAGAGGACAUCCAACUGUCGAAACCGGGCAAAUUUAGCCCUUAGAGUGGUUUCGAAGGUUGUUUUGUAUUUUUAAAAAAAUUAAAAAAUCCAAUUAGAUCUUAAAAAAUCAAAACUAAUUCAUUUUAAAUCAAAAAUAUAUGAAAUUAGUACCAAAAUUUUUCUAAAAUUGUAACCUCUCUAUUAUUGGUCUAUUUGAAUCUUAUUUAUUAAAAAAUAAUAGACAUAACUACGAGCAACCAAAUAUUAUAAACAUAAAAAAAUUGAAUCUAAAUAACUGACAAGUAUAGUGCCAAUAGAAAGGUUAUAUUUUUAGAAAACUUUUGAUACCCAUUUCGUAUUUUUUUAUUUAAAAUAAAUUAAUUAUAAAUUUUUUAGUUUAAAAUUGAAUAUUUUUAAUUUUCACAAAAUGGAAAACCACCUUCAAAACCACCCAAAUGUUAAAUUUACCCGAUUUUGGCAGUGCAAUGGUCUAUGUUAUCCGAUUUUAUAGUUGAAGGUUGAAAAUCAGAUUUUAUGAUAGUUUGAGAGUGUAAAC